AACAAGACCCAACCCACAACACAAUCGACACCGCCGCCUCUUUCAAUUCUCUUUCUUUUUUCUUUUCCUUCUUCUCCUGCUUCUAAGUUGUUGCGCCUCUUUCUCCAGAAGACGACGUCCUCCGCCGGCGCCGCCGCUGAUAUAUCAGAAAUCCAGGCAUACAAGGGAGAAGUGUUGGAAGCUGAAUGGUAAACCUCCAAGCCGAAAGUGGCGCUACCGUGGGGGGCAGCAGCAAAGGCCUCAAGCGCAUAUGACAGAGCAGCCCAAUAUUGAGGAAAAUCCAGCAAUAGGGGGGUUCAAUAGUGAAGAAAUUGAGAGAUUGAGAAGUUUGUUGGGGACUCUUGAGAAGCCUUCUGGAACAUGUUCAAUGGCUAUUUCAGGACUGUGUGCACGAAUGUCUUAGACAAAUUUACCAACUCUUGGAUCAUGGACUCCGGUGCUACAGACCAUAUUACCCCCACAUCUCAACUAUUCCACACCUAUACCCCAUGUCCAAGUAAUAGAAAAAUUGUUGUGGCCAAUGGUUCCUUAGCCACUGUUAUAGGGAUUGGAGAUAUACAUAUCACACCUAACUUUAUCCUUAAAAAUGUCCUCCAUGUGCCCAAACUGUCAACAAGCCUUGUUUCCAUUCAAAAGUUGACUCAUGAUCUUAAAUGCUAUGCUGUUUUUUGCUCUUUCUUAUUGUGUUUUUCAGGACCAGGACUCGGGGAGGAGGAUUGGACUUGCUAAGGAAAGGAACGGUCUUUACCACCUUAAAUCAUCUAAGAAACCUAAGACAGUUGUCCAGCAGCUCGCCUUGGUCCUUCUUCAUCAUCUUCUUCUUCUUCGUCAUUGUGACAUAGUCACCCGGGUCGUUUCCUACAAGCUAGCUGCAGCUGCAAAAUUUUCCAUCCGGCCCCUUACUCUAUCUAAAUUGCACCGGAGAUGGAGUACGUCAACCCGGAAGGUCUUCGCUUGGAUGGUCGCCGCCCAAUGGAGAUGAGGCAGCUUCGGGCAGAAAUAGGCGUCGUUUCAAAAGCGGAUGGCUCAGCAUUAUUUGAAAUCGGAAACACUAAAGUCAUUGCGGCAGUUUACGGUCCUCAAGAGGUCCAAAACAGGAGUCAACAACUUAACGACAAGGCAUUGGUGAGAUGCGAAUACAGCAUGGCAAAUUUUAGUACUGGAGAUCGUCAUAGAAGACAGAAAGGUGACAGGCGAUCCACAGAGAUAUCUCUGGUAAUUCGGCAGACAAUGGAAGCCUGCAUAUUGACACAUCUAAUGCCUCGUUCUCAGAUAGAUAUUUUUGUUCAAGUUCUUCAAGCAGAUGGUGGGACAAGAUCAGCAUGCAUAAAUGCAGCAACAUUGGCCCUCGCUGAUGCUGGUAUUCCAAUGCGUGAUCUAGUUACCUCGUGUGCUGCUGGAUACUUGAAUGGAACUCCUCUGCUUGAUCUAAACUAUGUCGAAGAUAGUGCUGGUGGCCCUGAUGUCACGGUUGGGAUUCUGCCUAAAUUAGAUAGAGUGACACUACUUCAGAUGGAUGCUAAAUUACAAUUGGAUACUUUUGAGAAUGUCAUGCAAUUAGCAAUAGAAGGCUGCAAAGCGGUGGCAAGUUACAUUAAGGAAAUACUAUUGGAGAACACUAAGCAAUUGGAGUAUCGCCGGGGAGUAUGAUUACAUUUUGAUUUUUCAAUACUAGCAUUAGAGGGAGACCCUAGCAGAUCAUUGAUGAACAGGGGAAACUGAAUAUUUUGUUUUUCUUUAGCCCAUGUAAACACUUACUAUACAUCUUAUUGCAAAUUUGUAGGACACUACUUAUAUUUGAGGAGUUAACUCAUUUUAUUGA